GGGUGGGAUAUCCAGGAACCUAUACUAUUCGUGAUCGUCAACAGAUGGUGUGGGUGCUGGAGGGAGAGUCUUUAAUCGCAGUUCCUUCUAGCAACAAUGUCAAACCUGGAUUCAGUAAGGAAAGCAUAAUGAAACUGUACGAGGAGAAGAAGGCGCAGAAGUCCUUUGUCUUUCUGCGCGGCAUAGAGGGCUCCACCUCCUCCUUCCAGUCUGUCGCCUGCCUCGGCUGGUUCAUAGCCACUUCCUCACAGGUGGGACAGCCUGUCACCCUCACCAACGACAGGGGCAAAACUUACAACACCAACUUCUAUUUCAGUUCUUUGUAGCCUGGGCUGUGGGUGGCUGAUUCUUGGACAGAGAACUUCUAGGUCAUGGUAAGAGAGACCACCGAGCAGUGAUGUCCAUCCACAGUCCACCUCAUGCUCAGCACCCAAUGCCACCUCCUCUAGACAUGCACUGGCACACCACGGCUCCCACUGGAAUGUCGUUCCAGUAUCAAACCUGAGAGUCACUUUUUAUUGUUUCCUGAUCUUGUCCUAUUAUCCACUUUGCUGUCAAAUCUAGUUAAGUCCACAUCCCAAAUGCUCCUUGUACACAACCAUCUCCUAUUCCUCCCACCAACCCAUGGCCUAGAGAUGUGAAUUGCAAACA